AGAGAGAGAGAGAGAGAGAACUUCAUUCCACCUAAUUCUUCAUCUGUGUAUCCUUAAUUUGAGACAGCACAAAUUGCAGGACAAAGAAAGAAAAUUGUCUUUGCUUCCAAGGUAUAGUCAUGAUCCCCUCACUAACACUUCUCUUGUGGAACACAACAAUACUGUUCCCAACAUAGCCGGAAAAGAACUUAGAUCUCCAUAUAUGUAUGUUCUGUUCAAGAAAAUAAAGAAAAAUUGAAUUGUGGCUGUUGAUGAUCACUCAAAAACUAUGGACACCCAUGACCAAAACUUCAGAUUUAAAAAAGCUUUUUUGGUCGCAGUUGCUGUGCUUUUCACCCAAAAUUUGAGCUACACUGUUUCUGGGGUCUACGGAGAUCAAAAUCUGGAAUUAAUGGUGGGGACUUCAGACCAUGGGAUAUGUGGAUUUGGUAAAACGGAAGAUAAUGCUGAUGAUGCGUGGGUUAUGGUAGAGAAGAAGGGGAACCAGUUUGUCGUAAAUGAGAAACAAUUCUAUGUGAAUGGAUUCAACACAUACUGGUUGAUGGUAUUUGGUGCAGAUCAAUCAACAAGAGGAAAAGUGAGUGAGGUGUUUCAGCAAGCAUCUUCUGUGGGUCUAACAGUUUGCCGUACUUGGGCUUUCAACGAUGGCCAAUGGCGAGCUCUUCAAAUUUCACCCUCUGUCUAUGAUGAAAAUGUUUUUAAGGCCUUGGAUUUUGUAGUCAGUGAAGCAAGGAAGUACAAGAUCAGACUCAUAUUAUCAUUAACCAACAACUGGGAUGCAUUUGGUGGCAAAGCACAAUACGUGAAAUGGGGUAAAGCUGCUGGCUUGAAUUUGACUUCAGAUGAUGACUUCUUCACUCAUCCAACUCUCAAAACCUACUACAAGGCCCAUGUCAAGAUAGUGUUGAAUAGAGUGAAUACAAUCCGCAACAUUACUUACAAGGAUGAUCCGACAAUUUUCGCCUGGGAACUAAUGAAUGAACCGCGGUGUGUCUCAGAUCCUUCUGGGAAUAAACUGCAGGAAUGGAUAGAAGAAAUGGCAGUGUAUGUGAAGAGCAUUGAUCCAAACCACUUAGUUGGGAUUGGGUUGGAAGGAUUUUAUGGUCCCUCAACACCUAACAAGGUUCAAUUCAACCCAAAUACAUUUGCUCAAGAAGUUGGAACUGACUUUAUCAGGAACCAUCAAGUUCUUGGUGUUGAUUUUGCUUCUGUUCAUAUUUAUCCAGACUCUUGGAUUUCAGAAUCGAUUUCGAAUGCUCAUAUCCCAUUUGUCGAGUCAUGGAUGCAAGCCCACAUUGAAGAUGCUGAGAAUUUCCUCAGAAUGCCAGUGCUGUUUGCCGAGUUUGGUGUAUCUGCAAAUGACCCUGGCUACAAUUCGUCUUUCCGGAACACCCUUGUCAGUACAGUGUACAAAAUAUUAUUGGAUUCUGCUAAGAAAGGAGGGAGUGGAGGUGGAAGCCUUCUGUGGCAGCUGUUUCCUGAUGGAACAGACUACAUGGAUGAUGGGUAUGCAAUUGUUCUUUCAAAGUCUCUUUCAACAGCAACCAUGAUAUCUAUUCAGUCCAAGAGGCUAGAGGCCUUGAACUCCUUUUGUACUUGGAAAUGUCAUUGGGGUUGCAAGAAGAAACAUCCUUUGGAGACUGUCCUCUACCAUGAUGAGCUUUAAAAAUGUAGAGAAUUAUAAAAAGAAACAACUUCCACUUAAUAUAUAUGUAUAUAUGUCAAUGUGUGUGUUUUAAAAUAAGCUAUUGAGCAAUGAAAGAAGGAAGUUAUUGUUGCUGCUUAAA